GGUCCUGGUUCAGCGUCUCGAUGAGCCACACAGGGAGCCAUCUCAGCCCAUGAGUCAUGGGGAGCGCGACUCCCAGUGAGAGUGUAGAUAGUGAGCUGCGCUGCUCUAUCUGCCUGGACAUAUUCAUUUGUCCCUCCACGCUGAGCUGCGGACACUCGUUCUGCCUGCAGUGCUUGGAGGCGGCCUGGGAGACGGCGAGCAGCUUCAGCUGCCCGCAGUGCCGAGCGACCUUCCCUGUGCGACCCCAGCUGAGGAGGAACGUGGCCCUCGCCAACCUGGCGGAGCAGCUCAGAGUUGGAGACGGGAUGGCCGCGACCAUCGCGUGUGACAACUGCAGUGGCGGCCAGACUCCUGCAGUGAAGACCUGCCUGAGAUGUGAGAUGUCCUACUGUGCAACACACUUGCAGCCUCAUGUAGAGAACCCCAGGUUGAGAGACCACGUCCUGGUGGCUCCCAUUGCGAACCUGGAAGAGCGACGGUGCCGGCAGCACAGACAGGAGCUCAUUCUUUACUGUGAGCAAGAUGAGAGCCCGGUCUGCACAGUCUGCACCAUCGCUGGGGAACAUAGAGGGCAUGAGGUCAUUCAAGUGGAAAAUGCACAACAGACAAAACAGGAGGCGUUCAGACUCGAGAUGACUGUGAGAGAGAAGAAGAAGACUACGGCAGAAUCACGGAUACAGCAGCUCAAGGGUGUCUACAAGCGCGUGCAGGAGUCUUUGCGUGGGGCCAAGGCGCGGAUCAGACGAGAGUUUGGGCGCCGGAGGGAACAGCUGACGAGGGAGGAGAAGAGGGAGGCGCUGGAGCACGUGGACGAGGAAGGCUGCUCCGUGCUGUCCCGCAUCCAGGCGGACAUCGCUCGCUACGAGAGCAGAGCACGCGGCCUGGAGCAGGAGAUCAACCAACUGCUCGCUGCCCUCGCUGUGCAGGACCCGCUCUCCUUCCUGCAGGAUCCCCUGCAUGAGAGUCUCAGGAGGAGCUCCGUCUCCCAGGAGACUCAGGAUGACCCAGCCCCCGUCUCCCACGGUCUGAACCUCGCAAAAGUAAUCUCAGUGGGCGGCGUCCAAAUUAAACUUCUGCCUUUUCUCGUGACCCCGCUUACGUCACGGGGUCUCCCUUAAAUACCCUAGGAGGCGUGACGUCACGUGCACUGCCCAGCGCGUGCGACCCCACGUCCCGUGAUGUCACCGCACCGGACAGCGCACACGACGCCACCA